AUGUCCUCGAUUUCGACUUUAGAAGUAGCGUGGGAGAAUUGGGAGAAUAAAUCGUUGUGGCCGUGGCGCCGGGACGAAACAGAAUUCUGCUCUCGAGUUGCUCGAACGAAUAAACUCGAGUUGCUCAAGUGGGCGCGAGAGGAGAAAAAGUGUAAGUGGGGUGGAGGGACGAUCAAUAUGGCCGCACGUCAAGGUAAUCUGGAAAUGGUAAAGUAUUGCGUUGCGAAUCAGUGUCCUAUCAAUACGGGGGCGUGUCAAUGGGCUGCCGGAAAAGGAAAUAAUCUCGAGCUGCUCAAACACUUACACGAAGAAUGCAAAGCGCCUUGGACUUCGGGUACUGCCGCUUCUGCGGCUGAAAAUGGUAAUCUUCAUAUACUCGAAUAUCUCGUUGAGCGCAAAUAUGAUAAAUUUGACGAUUGGGCGUGUCGGGGUGCGGCAAUUUGCGGCCAAUUAGACUGUUUGAAGUACUUGCACGAAACCGCCAAAGCGCCGUGGAACUAUUGGGCCGUACAAGAUGCGCACACGAACAACCAACCCGAAUGUUUACAAUACUGCCUCGACAACGACUGUCCUCUCCCAGAAGGCUGGUCUCACGAAGAUGGAACGUUAUGCACAUCAGAAGAAUAA